AUGUCUGUGAGGAGUGGCGUACCACACAGUAUCUCCCUUGCUCCGCACCUUUUAAAAGGCCAUGAAAAAGACAUCAUCACGGACACGCAGAUGCACACCUCGGCAGAAUACACUUCAAUUGAAUUACUACGGAAAUUGGCAAACAAACAAGAUUGUGUUGGUGCUUUAGGAGAGGCUGAACUCAUAGAGCGCCUUUCAUUGGAGAAGUUGGUCAAUGAAAAUAAAAGCUUCUGCAAAAUUCAACCAUGUUCUGCUGUUCGGGGAUAUGGAAAAACAUUGGACAAGGCAAUUAAGGAAGGCCUUAAUUGGCUUUUGGUUACCAUAGCAAAGGAUUAUGACAACCUUCAAGAACGGGUUGAAAACGAUGUGAUGGUGCAGAAGGCACGGGAAGACCAAGAGAAACGAGAACGUGCGGAAAGAGUACGAAAAAUCCAAGAGGAGAGAGAACUGAAAGAAAGGGAAGAUGCUAAAAAAGAUGGACACCUGUUAAACCAAGAUGACAGUGAUGAACCAGAUCCACAAACAAACCCCCUUCAACCACUACCCAAGGUCAUUUUUGUGAAUGAAGAGGAAAUCGAAGGGCAGAAAGAAAAGAACAAUCGAAUCCCUAAUGGAGAACCUCCACUAAAUAUUGCAGAACAGGGACCAUCUAAGAUGGAAAAGAGUACCAGAGAUACUGUUCCAAAUGAUCAGCCACUGAAAUUGGGUGCCACUGCAGAAGCAGUAACUGAUAAGCUCCAAGUACCUGGAUCGCACCAGAAAAUGCAAGACUCUGUGACAGGGAAGAAAAAGUCCAAGAAGUUUCGUAUGAAGACAAAGAAUAUUGUAGAACCAGGCAAUGUAGGUGAUGCCUCUGGAAAUUUAAGGGUACUUCGUUUGUCUGAUUUUGACACUAAGCCAUUGCCACCAGUACCAACAAGUCAGGAACCAGACUCUGCGGCCGAUGAUGUCUGAAGGUCUCGGCGGUCUGAAGGUCGUGAUUCUCUUUAAACAGAAAAAAUUGUAUGUAUAGUCACGACAUAAAAAAAGUUGUUUUAUGAAAUCAGGAAAGACCUGUGGGACCUACCACUAAGAAGAAAAAGAAUUGAAUAUUGCUCCAGAAAUUGAUCCUUUGUACUGAAAAACACUGGCAUGUUAGCAAUGCAAAACAUGACAGACCUUGAGGAAAGUUUUUUACAGAUCUACUGAAAACUGGCAGAAUAAAAUAGUUGCAACAAAAAUCAGUUUUAAUAUAGUACAAACCACCAUGAAGUCUUCGGAGCUUAAUGGAGAUAGAAGAGACUGGAAAUGCUGGAAAUCGGGAGCAACACAAAGUUGGAGGAGCUCAAUAAGUCAGGCAACGUCAAUGAAGGGAAAAUGUAUACACACCUUUGAACUGUUGGGCUGCUUCUGGUUAAGCUCCAAUAACUACUUUAAGAUGUCAUUAAAGUGAUUCAUUCUCAGCAAACAGAAAUCACAUCUAUGUUGAUUAUGGUCAAGUGAAGAAUUGUUACAGUUGGAACUUGGGCUUCCCAUUCUGAGAUGGCGAUAUAUGUUUUUGCAGAGAGCACUUUUUAAUACAGGUAUGUUGGUGGUCACUAAAGGUAUAUGUGUAAUUUAAGCUUUAUCUUCAUAACUGAAGAGUCCAUUUUACUCUACAAUCAAGAGUUUUCAGAGACUAUCUGAUACCUUUACACAUCUGUCAAAGAUGUCUUCAAGCACUUUAGUUUGCAAGCACUUUACAUACCUUGCAAAAUAAAGAAUCAUUAAGUUUCAGAAAACACUAGUUUUUAAAAGGAUUCCUGUUAAAUUGCUUUGUAUUAUAAAGCACCAUAUGGGUUUAAAUUGUAAAAUUGAAAUUUCAUUUGAAUAAACUUUUUACUUUCAAAACUACUGUAUUUAGAAUCCAAUGAGAUGUUGAAAAUACCCAUGAUUGUCACUUCAGUUUGAGAGUAAUGAGAUAGUUUGCUUGUAUUUUCUGAGAAAGAAGUUGUUAACAUCACAAUUACAAUCAGCUGGACAGUAUAUAUUAUGUCAUGAAUUGUUUUUAUUCCACUUUUCCAAUAUCCCUUUCUGUAUGUAUUUUUAAACUACAUCAAUCACAAAGCUAUUGAACAGUUGUAUAUUCUCAUACAGUAACUGAAUCCUAAUGGUUUUUCUUCAAUGAAACAUUUAACAUUCAAGCAUUGUUUCAUCAGUUAAAAUGAUCACAACAAAUCCAAAUAUAUUUCAGUGCAAGAUAACAUUUUUCAAAUGCAGUUGGUGCUUAGUUAGAUUUUGUACAUCUCAUAAAUUUAUAAAUUUUGAAGUUUUCAUGAAUUUUGUUUUUCUGAAACCGUACAGUAGAUGAGUCCCAACCCUUUAAAUACUGUCUUCUCCCAAUAAUACAACCUGGUUCACCUGAAGACAUUGUUUCAUAUUUAGAGUACAAAUGUCAGCAACCAUCAGGUAUCUUGCUGAGUAGGGACGUUAUAUGUUAUAAGCCUAAACAUAUUUUUGUCACACAAAUACCUAGCUGAUAUGAAUGAACAAUUGCAACAUUGCAACUCAAACCAGAGCUGUUGUCCAAAAUUCACACUUGAAAUCCCAUGGAUAGUUCUCAAAUAAUUCCCUGUGCUCUGGCAUCACUUGCUUUACCUUCCCCUCUCACUGAUCCACAUAUUUGUCAUGAUCUAGGGCUUAAUCUGUGACUUGUUUGUACAGAAUACAACUAAUACAGUGGCAUGCAAAAGUUUGGGCACCUUGGUCAAAAUUUCUGUUACUGUGAAUAGCUAAAUAGUAAAAUGUCUUGUACUCAGAAACUGAUGUCUGAUAUGUUAAUAGGUUAUUAGUAACCU